AUGGCGUCCAUGAUGGGAGGAGACUUCGUGGAAGCGUACGUGCUCAAGAACGCCUACAAGGAGAAGCUCCGGCGCAUGGAGGCGGCCGAGGAGAAGAAGAGCAAGCAGGGCCCCGCGGAGAAGGAGAAGAAGGCCUCGGGCGGCGGCGGCGGCAGGGGAGGAGGCCUGUUUGGGCUCCUGAAGAAGAAGGUGCACCCGAAAGCGGCCGCGUCGCCCAUGGAGACGAGCAGCGUUGAAGAAGCCUCCUCUUGA